GGACGAUCCUUUGUUGACCAUUUCCGAUUUCUCCUCAGCAGGCAAUCUAAUCCUCAACUAUUCAUAAAAUAAUACAAAAUUCCUCAGCAGUCCUCUAUCCUUCCAUCCUGAACUAGAAUAAAACAUUUAGUUGGACCGUUCAGCUCACAUAGUAUAGUUUGAUCUUCCAUAAGAACUCUAUCAGAAUGGUUGGCAAGCAGAAGCCAUCUUCAAAACAGUCGAUCAAGUCGUCUUCCACCCUUUCUAGUCAUCCCCCUCCUACCUCAGCAGAAAGCCGAAGUACUGCCCAGUCGUCACCUCCAAACUCACGUUCGGCCAAAGCUCCGCAAAGCAGCACCCCAAUCACAGUGUUUGAGCUCAGCUUACAAGAUGAUGGAUCACCAUCUAAAGAAAAAUCGUAUAUACGUUUGCCAUCGCCGGUGGAGCCGUAUCUACUCCGAUUCUCAAUUGCCGCGGGGGCACGUGCGUCGAAUUCUGGGACGCUAUACACGAACUUUCCUCUCGAAGGACAUGCCUUCGAACGCAAGAAGUUCCAUACACAUUCGCUUCCCCAGGAUACUUCUCAACCCAUCCAGAUUGAUUUGAAAGUAGCUCAAGCCGGUGCAUUCGAAUUCUAUGUCGAGUUCCAAGGCGACUCAACCAAGGGCGAGGACAGAGUCAAAAGUAAGCCAGGAUAUUUCAAUGUCGAUCCUGUUUUAACAGCUCCCGCUCGCCACAAAAUCCUAUCGGGGGAACUCGAAAACCAAAAAAUCUUACCCGUCGGAGAAGGCGGCAAGGUCAAGAAAGGCUCUUCUGCCAACAUUUCUUUGGACGGCUUGGUGAUUCAGACCGUCGUCGCGAAGUGGAUGGGGAAAAUGAGUGGAUGGCCGAAAUACAUGGAUGUGAUCAGAGAUCGUGGCUACAACAUGAUCCACUUUACACCUCUACAAGCCCGUGGGGAAAGUGGUAGCCCUUAUAGUAUUUAUGAUCAGUUACGAUUUGAUCCAGAGCUAUUUGACCAGCCCCCAAAAUCCGCCGAAGACGAACAGAAACAGCUUUUGGAUUGGUUAUCACGACUUCGAGAUGAAUGGGGAAUAUUAAGCUUAACCGAUAUUGUUUUGAAUCAUACGGCCAACAACAGUCCGUGGCUGCGAGAUCAUCCAGAAUCAGGCUACAACAUCGUCAACUCGCCUCACUUGGAGCCAGCUCUUGAACUAGAUUCAGCUCUGUUAGAAUUAUCAGAUACCUUGGCCAAGAAAAGUCUUCCCGAGGCGCUAGAAUCUGAAGUAGAUCUCGAUAGAAUUAUACAUUUCAUCGAACACCAGACCUUGGCCCAACUCAAGCUCUGGGAGUAUUAUGUGAUUGACGUGGAUCACGUUGCCGCCAAAUUCUCUCAAGCUUGGUCAAGCUCCGAACAUCCUAAAUCGGAGGGCCACUCUCAUAUCGAAUGGUCGGAGUUUGAAAAGGCCUGUACAGAGCAUGAAGGAAGUGGCUGGAAACAGGUAACAGGACCUCGUGGCCACAUAUCCGAGAAAAUUGACAUAAAUUCUACAGUUCGUCUAUUCCAAGAAAAGGGAUAUGGGUGCGUGUCACCUGAGGAAACGAUGGAGACGUUGAAAAGAAUACUCAAUGAAUUGAACGUUGAGCGCUACCAAGAGUACGAUGAUGAUGUAAAGGCAAUCAUUCAAAACACUCGAAGUCGAAUUCGCUACACUAGACUAGAUCCGCACGGGCCGAAAAUGGGGCCGAUCACCAAAAAGUGUCCUUUGAUCGAAAGUUUAUUUACACGUUUGGAGACGGACUCGAAAACAAAAAAUCACGACCCCAAAUCUCUAGCCUUGGCAAAUAACGGGUGGAUCUGGAACGCCAAUCCAUUGGAAGAUUUUGCCUCAGAGAAAUCGAAAGCUUAUCUGAGAAGGGAGGUGAUCGUUUGGGGUGACUGUGUAAAAUUGCGAUACGGUCAGAGCCCGAAAGACAGCCCUUUUCUUUGGGAUCAUAUGACGAAGUACACCGAACUUCUAGCUCGCUUUUUUGGCGGGUUUAGAAUCGACAAUUGCCACUCCACACCAAUUCAUGUGGGGGAGUACUUAUUGGAUGUUGCCCGCAGGGUUCGGCCAGACUUGUACGUUUGCGCGGAGUUGUUCACCGGAAGUGAAGAUAUGGACACGUACUUUGUUAGUCGGCUUGGCAUAAACAGUCUAAUUCGGGAGGCAAUGAAUGGGCAUGACCCUAAAGAUCAGAGUCGACUUCUUUACAACUACGGACUUGGGAAGCCGAUCGGCUCCAUGGAUACGGAUUGCUUGACCGAGCUGUCGGAAGUUUCGUUCCCGUCUAAGAGUGGAGAUAAAUCUACGGUCAAAUGCCAAAUCGUGCCGUUACAUGGGUCCAAACCUCACGCCUUCUUGAUGGAUUGUACUCACGAUAACGAGUCCCCGGCCGAUAAAAGAACAGCUCGAGACGCCAUGCCUACCGGCGGGCUUGUGCCAUUUGCGUUUUCGGCCAUCGGUUCGAACAAAGGUUUCGAUGAUUUGUACCCGAAGCUUCUAGACUUGGUUGGUGAAAAAAGGUUGUAUGAUCAUGUCGAGGUCGAAGCCGGAAUUGGACGAUGGAAGCGAUUGCUAAAUCACCUGCACACAGAAAUGGCUGCAGACGACUUCAAGGAAGGGCAUUUUCAUCAGGAAAAUGACUACAUUAUAUCGCAUAGAGUUCACCCAUCCACCAAUGAAGGCUACUUGCUUGUUGCCCAUAUGGCUUUCCAUGGUGAUUCUAAUGAUCGCGGCUUUGUGGAGCCCAUGAAGCUGCGCCGGACGAAAGCUGCUUUCAUAAUUGGCUCAACUCUUGAGAUCUUGUCCAACAAGGACCCAUCCGAUCAAACCACUCUCAGAGGCCUCGACUCAAAACUCACACCAAUAGCGCCGGACUCGCCUGAAAGCUUCAUAAGGCCAGGGUCUGAUUCUGAUGGAGAUUUUGUCGAGAUUGUCGUACCUCAACAGUUCCCCCCUGGUAGUUUGAUGUUGUUCAAAACUUGGAUGGAGGGAAUGAAGCCGGAACAAAGCGAGAUGAAAGGUCGAAACCUGGAAUCUUUUGUAGGAUCGGGAGCAACAGAGAAAUUCGAGGGACUUAAUCUAGUCGAUUUGAAUCUGAUCUUAUACAGGACAGAUGGGGAAGAACGAGACUCUACUGGAGGUCGUGAUGGUGCAUACGAGGUCCGCGGCCUUGGUAGGAACGUAUAUUGCGGCUUAGAAGGAUGGAUGCAUCAUCUCAGGUACAUCAUUCGCACCAACGACUUGGGCCAUCCUCUUUGCGCCCAUUUGAGAGAUGGGCCUUGGCCGUUUGAAUAUGUUCUCGAAAGAUUACGCAAAAAUUCCCAGCUAUCGCCGAAUCUCAGUGGGCCAGUGGAAUGGCUUGAAGAGAGAAUAAAUCUCAUUAAAGCCAAGAUUCCAGCCUUCAUGCGACCCAAGUACUUCGCCUUAUUGAUAUAUACGGCUUACAAAGCAAGUAAAGAAAGAGCGAUCGCUCUAUGCUCCCCCUUUAUUCGUCAAGGCACGGUUUUCAUCCAUUCGUUGGCCAUGACCGCUGUCCAAAUGUAUGGUUUGGUGCCAUCCGCGUCUUUGGACCCGAAAGAGAAUCUUCCUUGUGUUGCGGCUGGAUUGCCACACUUCAGUUCGGGCUGGGCAAGGACGUGGGGCCGGGAUUGCGCAAUCAGCGCGAGUGGCUUAUUCAUCAAGACCGGUCUAUACGAAGUAGCUCGUGCUCAUCUGUUGUGCUUCUGUACCACUUUGAAACAUGGUUUGAUGCCGAAUCUACUCGACUCUGUCCGAACUCCUCGUUAUAAUUCUCGCGAUUCGCCGUGGUUUAUGCUCCAGCUUUUACAAGAAUACGUCAAGUAUUCUAAGGAAGGGGAAGCGAUAUUGUCGGUUCAAGUCAAAAGACGAUUCCCGAGUUCCGAUGAAUGGGUACCCUGGGAUUCUCCGACCGCCUAUUCUGAAAACAUCACGGUAGGAGAAGUAGUUGAAGAAAUUCUUGAGAGGCAUGCUAAAGGAAUCGACUUUCGCGAGUACAACGCGGGACCUGCUAUCGAUGGUCAAAUGAGUGAUAAAGGGUUCAACAUAAAUAUUCACGUCGACUGGGCUACUGGGUUGGUAUUGGGAGGAAACGACAAAAAUUGCGGAACUUGGAUGGACAAAAUGGGAGAGAGUGAAAAGGCUGGGAACAAGGGCUUUCCCGGAACACCUAGAGAUGGGGCUCCAGUGGAAAUAAUUGGCUUGCUUUAUAGCACGCUGGUAUGGGCAGGAGAACUUGCAAAGGCAGGGAAACUGCGAAAGCAAGCUGUCGAAACUGAAAUCGAUGGGAAAAAAGUCAAGGUCACUUACGACGAGUGGGCUCAGAAGAUCCAAAAAAACUUUGAGAAAUGCUAUUGGAUUCCAUUAGAUUCCAACGAGGAUAAGGAUUUUACGAUCGAUCCAAAGUUGAUAACACGCCGUGGAGUCUACAAGGAUGUGUUUGGUACACCUUCCGACCGAGCUCAUGCCGAUUACCAACUGCGCCCGAAUUUCCCUAUAGCCAUGGCAGUUGCACCCAAGUUAUUCACUCCUUCUCGUGCUUUGAUAGCUUUGAAAACAGCUCGAGAAGCUCUGAUUGGACCUCUUGGAAUGCGCACUUUGGAUCCCUGGGAAGCGGACUACCGACCGGACUACGAUAAUGCAAACGAUUCUUCAGAUUGGCACGUUGCCAAGGGGAGAAAUUAUCAUCAAGGUCCUGAAUGGGUCUGGCCUAUAGGCUAUUAUUUGAGGGCUUUCUUGCACUUUGACACAUUGGUUGGGGAAGGUCUUAAGAACCGUCAAGCAACUAUUCACCAAAUCCAUUCCAUCUUAGCUGAGCAUCGCAGAUAUAUCCAAUCGGAUCCUUGGGCCGGAUUGCCAGAAUUGACCAACAAAGAUGGGGCCUUUUGUCGUGAUAGCUGUGAAAGCCAAGCCUGGUCGACUUCAACGAUUUUGGAUGUGUUGUUUGAGAUCUACCAUCUCGACAAAUGAUUUCAUUCUUCUUCAAUUAGGUUGUAGAAUCAAAUGAGUAUGGGCAUAAAGGGCACAACAAACAAUGUCAAAGCCCAAAAAAUCUUACGCAAUCUGAAAGUUUUUUUUUUGCUUUUUAAUAUAGUAAACAGAUGCAUCACUUCUUUCAAUCCAUCAAAUGUUGUCUGUAUGUAGUAUUAGUUCCUAAACACGACGCUCAACAUAUGUAAAAGCCUUGGCGUAUGUACCAGCAGUUUUAUUUUUAUCUUUUUGCGAUUUCAAUGACCAGGUUUUUAUCAACUUGAGCCUUCCACCCAAUGAUUACAUCGUCCG